UGAGGCAUUAUGUUUUGUUGUAUACCACUUCAAUCAGAAACUUUAGUUAAACCUGUGUACACACAGCACGAUCACGUACAGCUGUGUCUAUCAUAUAUAAAAUGAUAGGCGGCACCCUUCUAUAACCUACUGCGACCCUAUAAUCAUUUAUAGAAACCCUAUAUAACAUUAAAUAGAAUCCAUUUAGUAUGAUAAUGAAGAUAUUAUGAAGAAUAUACUUAAAUGCUCUCAUUUUUAAAUAAAUAAUGUACAGAUACGAGUACUUUACUCUGUACUUUUUGCAUCGAAUCAAGAAUUUGGAAAACUACAUUAGCAGUACCAUUAAUUAUCAUAGAAACAGGCCUUGAACUAUAUACGAAAACGUAAAAACGUAGUUGUGGCAGUAUUAUAAGUGAGUUGUCAAAAAAGCGCAUUCAAAAAAGCGCAUUUAAAAAACCUGAUUUCUGUUACAUGUGCAUCAGAUUACGUCAAUAAAAUAAAUAAAAAAGUCCAAGGUCGAGAAUUCAAUAAAUAUUUAAGACGACUUAUUCUUUCUCAAAGGUUGCAUUUUAUUUCAACUCUUUAGACAAUUUAGUAGAAAUGUUAAUCGUACUUUUAUCACUUGUCUUUGUUUGUGUUUCUGCCAAAAGUCUACCACUAGAAAUCCAAAAAUGCCGAAAAUCUGACCCAAAACUCGGCGAAUGUUUGGCCAAAUCUGUCGUUGACUCGAUACAGAAGUUUAAACAAGGUAACAAGGAACUGGGAAUUAUUCCUCUGGAGCCACUUGUUAUACAAAAACUGGAAUUUGGAAAUUCUAGUACUGGAGCAGUUGCUAUACAACAUGUAUACGAAAAUUUGAAGCUGUUCGGAUUCACAAAUUUCACUAUAUACGACUCCAAGGUGAAUUUCAGCGAUGAAAACUGCUAUUGGCGGUUUCAAACCUACACAGAUCUGAUCCGGAUGGAAGCUGAUUAUAAAAUGAGCGGGAAGCUGUUGCUUUUUCCUAUAAAUGGGCACGGGAAAUGUAACAAUACUCUGUAUGAAUAUGAAACUGUUUACGACAUGAGUUGCGAAAAGUACACAAAAAAGAAUCACAAACACAUACGCAUGACAGAUAUUGUCAUCAAACUAAAACCAAAAAGGAUUGUUUUUGAUUUUGUGAAUUUAAUCGAUGGGAAUGAACAGUUGAGUAAUGAAGUUCUAAAAACGCUCAACGAAAAUUCGAUGGAAGUGUAUGCAGAUCUGGGUCCAAGUUUUAAUGAAGCCAUAGCCAAGAUUGAGAAGGAAAUUAUCAAUCGAGUGUUUUCUAGAGUGCCAGAGGAUGAGUUGUUUUUGCCAUAGGUUUUUAUUUUCAAUUUUAUUUAAGGGAAAGAACAGUGCAUCUUGUAAUAACAUCAUUCGUAUUAUAAUUUAAA